AUGACUGUAUCCUAUUCCCGUGCUGUUGCGACAAACUCUCAGUCGGCAUUUCUUAAGCUACUAUUUCGGUAUGCUUUUUAUUUACAACCCGAAGACUUAACAGAUGGAAAGGAAGCGUGUACAAGGCGAUAUGGAUAGAAUUCAUCGUGUUCCUGAUUAUUUUCAUGUUCUUUUCACUGAUAUACCGCCUAGCGAUGACUGGAGAAAUAAAACGGUACAAGUUUUUCUUACAAAAAUAAGUCUAUUGACCAGUAUUUGUACAGUCCAAAAAGAAAAUCUGUUGCAUUAUUUUAUUUUUGUUUAGCUAGUUUGCAUGCUUCUAAUCAGAAGCACAUGUUUCUAUAGGAACGAUAUGCAUAUAUAUGCAUACAUAGGUAUAUAGGCAGAAUGAUAUAACUGACAAAGACAAGGGAGACUGGAAUGGCCAGUUCUGACUUAAUAGCUGUCGUCAGUCAGCCAUACCCAAGCCCGAAGUGUGAAUCACCCGAGCCUCGAACUCGCGACCUGUUAGUUUGGAAGUCGGGGCACGAGCCCGUCGCCCAGUCGGUUUUCGAUCGGGAGAGAGUCCUUAAGGCACAACGGAACGAGUGAGUUCCCUAUGAACGAUCGGUGAGCGCCCCCUACCAUUGUAUAUUCCCGAUCGAAAACCAACAGGGCGACGGGCUCGUGGCCCAGUGGGUAGAGGCGUGGACUUCUAAACUAACUUAUGCAAAAUAAGGGCAUUUAUAAUGGGAUUCAUUUUGCGUUACUCAAUUCAUCGAUUUUUUAUUUUAAAAAAGGAUUUUAAAUUGCUUAUUCGGCUAGAUUUCAGGUAAGAUAAGAAUUUAAAGAGGUCUGUUCACUUAAGCUUAUUUUUUGCUUGUCAUAGAAUGCUAGCGAAACAGAUGAAAACGCAGAGCAAUUAUUUGUGCUAACCGUAAGCUGAGUUAUGGUAGAUGACUGCAUCAAAUUGACGCUGACUCUCCGAAUGUGAAAGACCUAGAAUUGUCUUAAAGUGUAUGAGACUUUUGUUUUUAUUGUCGUUAUUAAACCAAAUCCGGCUCUGAUUUUGAGGUUACAGUCAACUACAGAACCAAAUGUGAUCCAAAUUUAAAACGGCAGGUAUCCGAAAAGUUGUUUACGUAAGAUUGUGACCGGUUCCUCAUACGCACCUAUUAUGGUCAGACAAGUAUUUGUGCCCUCAUCACAUUGGCUGUUGUUUGCUUCCGAAUGCCACAUAGGAUCACAUUAUAUCUGUUCCCUUAUCAAAGAGAUCAGGGGAGCGUAUCGCUUUCAGUGUAAAUGUUAAUUAUCAAGGUAACUUUACAGAGAAUAAAAUCCCCGUUUUUCGGUCAAUGCUAUGCAAAACAGCAGACUACUAGCUAAUCCAACUAACCGUCCAAAUAAGAUAUGUACUAAAACCAACCAUUAUCUAAACAUUAUGAUUCUAUCAAAGCAGAGUUGCACUUUAAAGUUGUUAUUAUUGUCACGGAAGGCAGCCUAAUGUUCUAAACUCCAGUGCAUGCAUGCAUAGCGUUGACCAAAUACAUUAUUUUCCAGACGUACCACGCUCUAUUCGAGACCCUUUCAUGUCAUUAAAAAUAUUUACGACAGUUUUGGGACAAAGCAUUUAAAUCUGACGAGUACCGUCCUAUUCUGCAAAACAUGUUUCUAUUUCUGUAUCAUGAUAUUGCUUUGCGGACAUACUCAUGUGGGUCUAAGUUACCUGGCUACAGAGUCUUCGGACACUAUCCUAUCAAUGCAUUUUUUGUAAACAUAGACUCUGAAUAUUGCAUACCUGCGCGUUUAAUUUAUGAAAUAAUCUAAAUUUGAGAAAUAUUUAGAAACAUAUCUCGCCUAAAUGUCAACUUCCUGUCCAUUAAUGCUCCACUUCUUACGUCUACCUCAUCAGAUUUACGGCAGAUUAUGUUAAUAUAUACUUUAUACUUUAAAUCUAAAAAAUAUUUAUACUAACCCACAUUAACGAUGUGUUAGCGAAUAGUAAGAAAACAUUUUCUUUCUACAAAACCUCGUACAUGUCUACCCGGUUAAAGGGCACAGCACAUGGUUCAUUCCGUUCGGCAGGAACGCAGAAGGGAAAGGAUGAAGACAAAAUAGAUUAAUCGAAGUAUAAUGUUACUCAAUGGAUCUUCCAAUCAUCCACGAUAUCUUUAAAUUGUAGUUUCAAAACUUUUUAAAAAUUUUAAUGUGUGAAUAGUUUUGUUGUCUUUUUGCAGAAGAUACUGUCCCGAACGGGAGUUUCAUUUAAACCGUCUGCAGUCGUUCGUGUAGAAUAACUUCUAUAAACGGAAUAUAUUAAGUGGUUUAUUGUCAGAUGCAACAGGUACAAUGCAAGCUAAUAUAUGUAGUCAGAACUGUACUUGAAGCCGUUCCAUUUUUUAAUUUUGUAAGGCAAAUAAUACAAACAAGACAAAGAUUAUUAGCGUUUCAUAGAGUGUGGGAUAAGUUAAGAGUAAAACUUAACUCAUUUAAAUUUUGUUUUAAAUUUUCAACUUGUGCCUAUUGAAUCGCUUAUAAGGAUGGACUACAUACAGAAUUACUAAUUACGGCACCCACGGGUGCAAUGCGAAUUCAAAUGUUACCAUACAAUGACCAAUAAAUUGGGUAUCAGAAGUAAAAGUCCUUGACACUAACAGCGAAAUGCGCCUGAUGCUAAAGUUAGUCGGUUUUACGCAAGGGAAAACACAAAAACUGUUUCGAAUAAAGAAAUUUAUUUAUUUAAAUACGAAAAUGAUAUCGUAGACGAUGAAGCAAAAACAGGCGAUUUACGGCUUAUAAAAAAUAAUAAAAUCCUUAAAUGUGUUUAAUUUGAAAAGUCCGCCAUAAUAACUCGCCUGCGCAUAAAUCUACGUUUGUUUGUAUAAAUGGCAUUCAUCGUUGGCAGGCCACUCUUUUCACAUCCACUCGUCUAGAAAACUCGACUCUGCCAUAAUUAGGCAAUAUGAAUAACAACAGCCGGUAUAUUGGAAAAGGCUAUCCGACCGAGGAAAGUAUAUCUUGUAAACUGACCGUGAAUGUAGUUAUAUAUCCUAGGAAACGUUUUUGUCAAAUUCAUUCUCUAUCUCCUCUUUGUAGAAAACUGAAUUUUUUUCCAAUAUUGCACGCAGAUUAUUCCACUUUUAUGAACGUCCAUUUAGAUGUUUCUGCAGUCUAGGUAAAUGCUCUCCCCGUAGUGCAGAGCAUGAUCUGCAAACACUGUGGCAUUUCGAUUGCACUAGGAGAUGUCAUUUUGCAAGCCUGACGAGUGUUGUCACAUUAUAUACGAAACAGAGCUCAAAAGGUUUGAAAUUCUUCGGAACAUGUAACAAUACAAUUUGCGGCAUAACAUCUCCAUGGUUUGCCAAACUUUUAUAGCCAAUGCCUUGUUUACGUUUGAACGAUAAAUUUUAAAAUGAUGAUUUUCCUCAUAGAAAAAUUCCAAGAAAUUGACAACUCUGCGUUAUUUUGGAGAAAUACGUUGGGAUUGCAAAAAUAAUGAAGUGUUAUAGAGAUAUUAUGCCUUAUUAAAUUUUCCCAGGUAAAUGUCAACGUCAAAUAAUGUAUAAAUGCCUUAACAUUAUAACCACCGUUACCAUGAUAAACUGUUCUAGGUUAAGACUUCUUUCAGGAACUUAGCAGAUCUUUCUUGAGAUUUGUAGCACAAUACAUACAUCAAUUCCGAAAGUUUACGUGAGGACAGGAAAAUUUUUCUAAUGCGCUAGGGCAGCCCUAUGAUCAAAAUCAGUGUCGCUCUCGUCGUCAGAAAUCAGGAAACGCGGGAAAAAGGCAAAUAAACAGCCGAUGUCGCAUACCUGAUGAUAGACGUUCAGUACAAUCGGUAGAAGCUACAUAUUCUAAUUGCCUGGGAGCAUAUCAGGACUUUAAAACACUCUUGACCUGAAGUCUGCCCCGAACUCUGCUCGGUUGCCAAACUCCUGAGUUCUCGGUCAGUUGGAUGUAGAUGAAAACGUACGAUGUCCGGAUAGGCUAAUGCAAUACAGUCUUGCAAUACCGUCAGUCAGUUGGCCCAGUCACCUCGUAAAUGCAUCGUCCGAUAUUAUCAUUUUCUUUUUCCGGAAGAUGAAUCCCGCAGGAACUUAAGUGUCUUGUUAUUAAAGAUGUUAGGAACAUGUGUUGUUGAAACAUCAAGAGAAAGUGUUCAGGUUCGUCUUUCAGAAAGGAAUGUUUUCCCACAAUAUGUUUACUCUGCUCAGGCAUUCAGGUUCAAAACACCAGACCACUUUCUUGGCCCGUCCGACCCUCAGAUCUCCAUUUUGUCAGACCGGCCUGAAAUUACAUUGGUGGGCGAAGCUAAUAGGACAUUGGCGUUGCUUUUAAAUAUACACUCCGACAGAAAAAGAGUGUUUAUGUGGGAUUAUAUCACCAAAUCGCUUGAAGCACAACUAAAAGUCAGGGCACAUUGGACGACGUGUUCGAGUUUCGUUUUAAUAGCUUGUUUGCUAGCUGAAUAUACUAACUGGGCACGAAACCUCAACUUCACUAUUGUUCAAUUUCAACUUAACUUUUGACGCUUGCACAAAUUUACUGACAUUUUCUGAAACUGCGCAAAAAAGGCGCCUUCUCGAACUGGUAUUUACGGUAUUGUGUCCCCUUCAAUCUUGUAGUUCAGGUGAAAAGUUGAUUCGUGUUUUUGGAAGGGUUUCUUGCAUAAAUAUAUUUAGAGACAGGCUUUGCGUUUAUACUUACUCCGUAGGUACUUCCAUCACAUACUACCUAGCUUCUCUGCCAGAAAUGACCAGUUUGACCAGUAAUACCUUGCUGACAAAAGUCUCAAUAGAACUAUUAUUAGCAUAAGUCAAAAAGUAGAUAUUUUGGCCUUUUUGUAUCUUUGACCUUUAAACCCGUUGAAAAUGCACCCAGACUCGAAACUCCAGAACUUUUGGAACGCCAUCGAAUAGAAAGAAUUGCCCAGAAGACUUUGCCUGAUAGAGUAACAUGGAACGUAUUGCCGAGCACCUUCAUACACGACAGUAUACUAAAUUUCAAUCGCAGGCCUUCAUCAUAAUCUGCGCAAGUUAAAUCCACGUAAAAAUUGUUCCUUAUUUGAUGUUUACGCCUGUCACUGAUUUUCGACCCUUGGGUUAAGUCAAUCUCGCUUCCUCACCAGAGCCUUCCUUUCUUUAGGUUCCGGCUGCAAAAAAAUCGACGAUUUUUGUAAGCCUAACAAUUGUCGAUAACAUUUUCAAAUUUUAUCUCUCUUUCUACAGGAAUUUCGAGCAUUUUUGCCUGUACUGCUGCAAGAUAAUCGAAGGAAUACCGGUGGGGCUCUUUCUGGGGUUUUAUGUCAACAUCAUAGUCAGACAUUGGUGGCAGCGAUACCUCGCAAUCCCUUGGCCAGAUUCCGUCGUGCUUGCUGUAUGCACGUACAUACAGGGAGAUUCGGAUGCAGUGAAGAUUCGCCGGCGCACGCUGGUUCGCUACGUUAAUCUGACUUACUGCCUCUAUAUGCGCGACAUGUCCUCGAGGGUGAAACUCCGAUAUCCUACACUGGAACACGUCAUCGAAGCAGGUAACUGUUUAAGAUGCAAUUUCGACUGUAAAUCUGGCUACUGAUGCGUUGUUUUUACGAGCUGGCUGUUUUGGCGCGCGGUUUAACUCUAUUCCUUAUUGGCCUCCAGGUGUUACGUCGAGCAAGAAUUGGGUUAUUGUUAUUUGUUCGCGGUCAAACAUCAUUCACUAACUUUCUUGCUCCAAAUGCAACCAGCGAACAAAUUCUUUCCGCUCUCUCAGACUCUGAUUGGACGUUGUCUUCUGAAAUCUGCCUAGUUGACUUGAAAAGUUGGAACUGCAUUAUCGGCGCGAGUUGGAUAAGUCGGGGAUAGAGUGCUUCUGGAGCAUAUUUUUUCCAUAACAGAGAUUGUAUAAUCAGCCAAAUAGUCGAAGAUUACGUUGCGUAUGAGCUGAUAUGAAGCUCAAGUAGAAAAAAUUAACAGCAAGCGAAGUUUGAUGCAAAGCUCACCGGAGGAGAUGUAUUAAGAUGCUGACGUUUCGAAGCCGUUUCCCAAGGGUGAACUAAGCGAACGUGUGACUUAGACUCGUGUUCUUCCCAAGUAUAGUUUGGGAAAUUGAUUAUUUGGUCAUCACGAGUCAUCUAUAUGCGCGAUAUGUCCUCGAGGGUGAAACUCCGAUAUCCUACACUCGAACACGUCAUCGAAGCAUGUAACUGGUUAAGAUGCAAUUUCGACUGUAAAUCUGGUUACUGAUACGUUGCUUUUUUACGAGCUGGCUGUUUUGGCUCGCUGUUUAACUUGAUGCUUUAUUGGCCUACAGGUGUUACGUCCAUCAGUAAUUGGGUUAUUGUUAUUUGUUCGCGGUCGAACAUCAUUCACUAACUUUCUUGCUCCAAAUGCAGCCAGCGAACAAAUUCUUUUCGCUCUCUCAGACUCUGAUUGGACGUUGUCUUCUGAAAUCUGCCUAGUUGACUUGAAAAGUUGGAACGGCCUUAUCGGCGCGAGUCGGAUAAAACGGGGAUAGAGUGCCUCUGGAGCAUAAUCGACCAAAAGUCGAAGAUUACAUCGCUUAUGAGCUGAUAUGAAGCUCAAGUAGAAAAAAAUAACAGCAAGCGAGGUUUGAUGCAAAGCUCACCGGAGGAGAUGUAUUAAGAUGCUGACGUUUCGAAGCCGUUUCGCAAGGGUGAACUAAGCAAACGUGUGAGUUAGACUCGUUGUCUUUCCAAGUACAGUUUGGGAAAUUGAUUGUUAGGUCAUCAUGAGUCUCUUACUGAAGGAUCACCAAAAACAGUAGCCCCUUCUAAUCAAUGCUUUUCACACUUCACUUUCAUCUCACAACAACUCGCGGCAGAUGUUGGGAACGAAUCACUGACGCUGAGACGCUUUCUGGCUGAACGCUGCGAGGAGAGAUGUAAAGCCUGAAAUCCGAAUAUUUGCUCGAGCUUUUCAGACAUUUCAGUGAAUCUCGGCAGAUUUAUGUAAUGACAAACAAAAGGCACUUCUCUGGGCUCCUUCUACUAGGCUGGACUGCUAAUAUGGUCCUUUAACGGAUAGAAACUUUUACGAUAAUCAAUACCGACAGAGACAAGGGAGUUUGGAAUGGCCACGGCUCCAGACCGAACCCCAUGGCACAACAGGAAGGGCAUGUUCCUUAACCUGAUCGGUAAUCGCCACAUUAUCACUACACACUACCGUGACAAAACACUUGGUGUCCAGCAGAUGCCAAUCAGAGCUCUGAACCCCCUAUGCCGAUUAUUCUUUUAUCAAUGCAAAACAAACCAAACUGAGCAUCUUAUAAAACUACCUAACUCGGUUGACACGAAUACACAACUCACGAUGGGAGCCGAAAGAAACAACCAUUCCUCGACGACUUUGUACCCUUGCUCGCAACUGCAAAAUACAGUGGUUAGAAAAGUCACCAACAGAAUAAAAGUUCCAGUCUUCACAUUCUGUUUCACAAACAUUACUGUAUCAGCACUCUGUUUUAAUGAGUUAAAAAACAUUGCAGCAGGUGGACGUCUACUCAUCAAUAUCUGGUCUGAACCGACGGAUACUUAGACCCUCUUGGGGCAAAGCAGUCGUCAAGCUCAAAGACGACUCUGAAAAAAGCAUAACCUCGAAGGCUGGAGUGUUAAAGGAGUAUCAGAGACGGUUUCCCGACUGUUACACCCAAUCGCAGUGGGCGCAGCCCGUCGACCACAGGCGGCGACCUGUAGCUGCAAGAACACGCUGCCAUUUGCCGGAAACUCAAUAGUUGUCUGCAAAGUGUGCUACAGUUAUGAAGACUACAACUACGGUGAGGAAAUCAGGCUGAAAUGGCAAACACGCCUAGGCGAGCUUAAGUCGGCAACUUGGGGUCAAACCCAAACUCUCAGCUUUCAACGCUCAUUGGAGAAACUGACUAUGCCUUCGGUCUUCAAGGAAAGACCAUCUUAGGCCGCGCUAGCUCACAGACUGGACGGCUCACGUUUGGGUCGCGGUAUUUGGAUGCCAACUCCUGCAACAAACUGCUUAUAACACCUUACGUCACGACAUACACGAAGAUCAGUACAAGACAAUCGCUAUCCGGAGACCAACUCACCCGGUGGUGGAACAAAAGAGAUAUUACGCCGGACAACCCUACGGAGUUUCAACCACCCUCCAUCGGAUUAUGACUUGUAACUCAAGCAGCUGCCAGCGAUGUGAGACGCCAGCCGAAGGAUCAAAGAAACCAUAGAACAAAAACCGAUCGGCUAAAUGCCAACAAUCUUUUCAGGUCACUUGCAAAUCUGCUGGAUUUUGUUUGUCGGACUUUUACAAUUGUGAGCAGACCAAGUCUUUCGACACCUGUGUAAGUAAUUCAGUAAAUGUGUCCCGCCGAACCCUUUCCGGUUCUCGAAUUAUCACAUUGGAACGGUCAACAGUGUCAAAAUGAAUAAACAAAAUAACAUAGGAAAUGAACUAUAAAAUGAAGAUUUCUCUGACGGUCCACACUGGCCAUCGAGCACUUUCAUGAUGGUAAUACAAAAUUCAUUACAGACAUCAUAUCUAAAUUGAGGACAUUCAGGGUGAAAAAUAAAGUGAAAUGAUGUAGCGCACUCACCCGAGUCGUUUUUGAUCCGCGAAGCUGAUGGAUGCCUGCCGAGAAAAUAGAUCGGGUAUCGACGCUGGCUAUUCAGCCAACGGGAAUCUACUUCCAAAUCAGACCAAUUCAGGCUGCCAUGAAAUUCUCCAAAACUAAUGAGGGAAUCACCUCGUCGUUGGCACCUGGACGUCGAAAACCACAGUGGAGCCGGACACACAAAAAGCGUGGACAUUUCCACCUCUGGAUGUGUCAACGCCGAAAUACGUACCAACACACAGACAACUACCUUCACGCCUGAAUAAUCGCUACCUACUAAAUACGCUAAACCCAUGGCAACUGUCGGCGACGGUCGCUUUGCGACUGCAGAUUAAUUCCCUCAUCUGUAAAGCACCAUCUAAGUGACGAUCAAAACCAACAACGAACUCGCACUUCGGGACUCUGAUGUCAGUUACUCUUUCAGCAGUUUUAUAACAUUUAACCUGGAAUGACGGGAUGAUGGCAGUACCACAGUCGAUAUCGCUGAUAUCCAUCGUGUGCCCUACAGCAGGCUAGGCUCAGGGACGAUGACAUAUGCUUAAAUUAGAUUAAAGUGAUAAUGGACUUGUGCAGCAUCUACCACACUCUCUCCUCCGCCGCCACGCUGGUUCCGAUCCCAGUGGGUGGGGAUAUCAUAAAGGCCACAAUACGGAGGAACCAUUUAAGCCCGACUCUCAGUCGACUUUCAGUCGGCUGUUGCACACAAACACACAUUGGACUGGGUGCUAGGACCGAGUAACUUUGUUUGUUGGCAGAAUCCCAAGCUAGGGCUUUAAACACACCGUGAUAGUCUCAGGAACCUCAGAUUGUUGGUGCUGAGGAAUUGUGAGCAGAGAGUCGAGCUCACUCCGUCUACCGUUCGACUGUCUGAGCCGGUCAACCUACUGACGCAGAGACUGGGAGAAGUGGCUGACGGAGCUAAGAACAACCCAUAUUCUUGUGUCACUCGCACGUAACCCACCUUCUUUACGCACACACACUAGCAUUUAUCACAGGGGCCAGACUGCUCCAAUCUCGCAUGUAGAAAAGGAGCCACAUGGAGAAAGGAGCUGAAGAAUACACUUCCCUCUUACGUGACAGAUGCUAGUGAGCUAGGGCGUUGGAGUUUUCUCACAUUCGAUGCACGUGUUAUCUAAGGGAAUGUGUGAUGAUGUGACCAUGUGCUGGGGGAUUUAACGCAAGUUUUCAUGAAUGAGCAUGUGAUCGAAUAGGCCCAUGCGAAGUGGGCAGUUGAGGCGAUGUCGUCUGGUGUAUGUAGGUGCUUCAAAUACUCAAGAAGAUGGAUUCAGAAGCGGCCGAACAGGCCGAUACGUGAGGUAAAUGUGUGCUCGCAGUGUGGGAAGCAUAGGUUUGGGGAUGCUAAAUCGAUUGUGAUUGUGGCGCUGCUGGCGGCAGUUCUGAUCCACUUUUCAGGAUCAGGGUUAGGAUUAACGGGGCUUCUAUCCGGACAAAUUGUCUCCUCUUGGAAUUGGAUAACUGUAUAUGUAUACGAAUAUUAACUACAAUUGCGUACUGCGGUGGCAAGUUAAAGUCGAAGUUAUUGAUUAAAGACUGAGCUGGAAUCGAGAGCGGUUUCUUGAUAAUAGCGCCUCAACUAAUUGGACUUCUUAAGAGAUCUGCUGAACAUAGCGUCGGACAGUUAGUUUUGUCUUACGACAGCAUUUCGUUGAUCCCACGGUUAUGCAAGCGUUUCGGCCAUACAACACCUUUCUGAAGUUCUCUCAUCGUAGAUCUGAAGGGAAGAGGCCAAAUUCUAUUAUUAGUCUCUGUUUAAUUUCUUUUCAGUGCGAGUGAUAUGUAGACAUAAAAUCGCAGAAAUAUCGACCACUAUUAAAUCACCCACCGCAGAGUAAAAUUAAAUCAAUAAAAUAAACAAGUCUUUUAACCUUAGCCAGCAGUUUUACCUCUGCUAUUUGUACGAACGUUUGUGUGAUUUUUAAAACAGGGAACCUAGCUUUUGACCAACUAAAACCAAAUUUGAAUUUUCGCUUUCUCACUUCAAUGAACGUAACCUCAUACUGGGUGCUUCCGUAAAGCGGUUUACUCAAGAAAUAAAAAAAUGACAUCAUUUGCAUGUACUGAGCAGUAUUUUUCGUUAAGAUUUUCGCCUCCAUCGCCGAGGUGCAGUUCCUCCGAUCACAAAUAAAGGUCAUACAAAAACUACACGACGUCCUACAAGGAAAGGUAGCAUGUAAUCUGCAUGUUUAAAAUGGUAAUUAGGUUCGCAUUUAGUGCCAGUGUGCGCAUGAGGGAGAACUUCACUCCUUUUUGGGGACUGCCGUGCAGACAAAUUCCGACCUGAAGACUUGUCCACACACAUACAUACAGCCAUAACUACCGAGACACGCAACACAUGCAAUCCUGACUUGCUAACUAUUCCGUCUGAAUCUCAGUGAGCAACGGACGCACUGUUAUAUAAAUGACGUUCCCACGCAGGGAUACUUUUCAUGCCAACUCGGGAUUACUUGAAGCAAUAUUUCCCAGGAAUGAAUUUAAAGCAAGCAAGAACAGCAGAAUUUAAUGGCACCAUUUUCAUUCCUCUGUUGCGCUUUGAAGUUAUCAUUUUAUUGAUUAGUCUACGCGCAGUAUACGCUGACCUUGCUGUUUUAUAUUGAUUUUCUCUGUCGAAAUUCAAACCUCUGUACCAUUCUCACUUGUUAUUUGUGUUAUGCAACGACAAGCUGCAGUUGAGAAGCCGUCGCGAAAUUUUCUGGUGCCAUUAAAUUCUGCUGUCCUUGCUUGCUUUAAACUCGGGAUUAGUUUUGUGCACUUUAACCAUCUAGCUGUAGCUAGAAACGUGAUGUGUGCUGUAAGUCGGGAAUCAGUCAGUAGCCAGUGGGCUUUUCUGAGAACCGGUCGCGUGCAUGAGAGUUCAAAAAUAACAGUCAGUGAGGGGCUUGCACGGAUGUUUGGAAAAGUCUCCAUUUUAUCUUGCGUUUGAGAAAUCUCGGAAGAUACAACCUCGGUUACCUCGGCAGAACAUACAGACUAAUACUGUAUAGGCAGAAUGGCAUUACCGACAAAGACAAGGGAGACUGGAAUAGCCAUUUCUGGCUUAUUAGCCGUCGUCAGCCAGCCAUACCCAAGCCCGAAGUGUGGAACACCCGAGCCUCGAACUCGCGACCUGUUGGUUUAGAAGUCAACGCCCCUACUCACCGGGCCACGAGCCCGUUGCCCUGUCGGGCUGUCGGGCUGUCUUCGCUGGUCCUAUCAUUUCAGAAAAUCCUGUGCGUCCGUUAACUUCAGAACUCAGUUCUUUGGAAUGUACCUCGCUGAGAAUAAACAGACCAUCAACUGACACGACUUCCAGUUUGUGGUUUUUAUGACCAGACUUGAGAGCUACACGAGACUAGAAGCCAUUAAGAUAGUUGACAGAGCUUACAAUCAGCACUCCUGAGGGAUUUUAAGACGUGAUGUUUCAGAAUGAAUCUUCACAUUGAUCCUGCUGCGCACUACGAAAAUACAUGGGCCAGCCUCGUUGCGCGAUUACAAUUCCCUAAAUCUGGCUCAUCUCAACGAUCCCAUACUAUUUGCUCCUCCCAGGCGUCUGCUGCUCCCUUCUCGAUUCCAUUGCGUGUUAUUCAUAACCCUCUCCCUCUCUUGCCCCCAGCGUGUUCUCGAAUGUAAACUCUGCUCCGACCGAGCCGUUCUGAUCGAUGACGGCAUCCAUCAGGAGGCUGGGCGACUAGAUCAGAGAGGAACUAAUGUGGGUCAGUUUGAGGGAAAGGGCAGUUACCUGACUGCCUGACUGCUGUAAAGAACACACCAGUCUGAUUACAUUCCGUCCGAUAGGAAAAUAGACGAUAAUACGAGGGGGAAAGUUCAGGCAGACAAGGAAGUUCGAGCAGGAGUAUUUGCACCUUUUCUUUCGUCGUCUAUCGACAGCUGCCUAGAUUUAGACCGCCAAGCUCUGCUUUCUGUAAUCACGUCAUUUCCGGUGGCGUAAGUACUUUUCAUCUGGGGGAACAGAUCGAAAUAGCGAGAUUCCACGACUAAAGAGCUAGACUUGAAAGGGGAAUAGUGUUCACUCAGCUUUACCGCACGAUCACCAACUUUAUUAUAAGCUUCAUCAGGCAGUUGCUCGGUGAGUUCUGUUGGAGUUGGCCUUUUUUCGGGCUUAGCUGGCUUUGUCCAUGCCAUCGUCUUCCGCGGCGUAGGCUACGGUCACUUGAUCGUGGCCAUUGACUGUGUGUACGUCUUGCGGCUGUCCGCCCCCCCUCCCUGGGUGCGGUAUUUUACGUCAACAUUAUCCCUACUUAUUUUCAUUUGGUAGUUAGGAUUGGUAUACUAGAAAGUUUUGUGCUACUGCAACCGCUUGGAUACCUUAAAAUGCAUAAAUUACGAGUGGACGCGAAAUUAAUUCCUCAUAUACUCUUUAUUUAGAUGCUGCGGCUAAAAUGAAUAUGUGCGCUCUUCUCAGCCGUAUUUGUCUAUGCGUUCACUGCCUUUUCAGUCGAUGUAGAAACGGUACCUCGUUAGACUACGCGCACGAGGGGGUCACAGUUGUUUUUAGGAAAAUUCCUGAAUUUGGAUUAGCGAAAAAUCACAACGAAUCAUUUCGGAUGACGUUUUGGAGCAUUUCAAUCUUUGUCGUUUAUUCUCUUGAAUACUCAUUAACCUUAGCGGCUGUCCUUGAUUACUUUAGGCAUUUUAUUCGAAAUUAAAGGUGCAUAUACUUAUAUGCCGUGUUUUGACACUUCGUUUUGCAUACCUCAACUAGCUCUGAGCCUCAUACAACUUGGACACAACUGUCCUGAAAGGUAUCACGACUCAAAUACUUUUUUAUGGUUUGUUUUUCCAGUUGUAUAAAUAUGAGUUCAUAUGUUCUCUGUACCUCAUAGGUUGACUGUACCUCUUAGGUACUUAUGCAUUUGUAGUCGCAAACAUCAGUUAUUUGUCGCAGAGAUUUAGUAAUUUUCGGUGUGUCUACAUCAUGUGUUUAAGAGUUUGUGUUUCUAAAUAUCACUAGUCCAGAAACUUGUAAAAAAUCGUGUUUUAUGUUAAAAUAUCGCCAGUUCUGUCUGCCUUAUGCAUUUUGUUCGGCGCGGUUUUUUGAAUUAUGGUUUUUGUUCAUUCAAAAAAUUUCUUGGUUGUACGAUUUUAUGUUACUUGUUAUUUAAACAGGUAUUCCAUGGGGAUUUUUGAUUGUCACACAUAAAAACCCCAUCCCCGCCAGUCACAUAACAUGGCUGUCUUUGGUUCUGAUCUUUUGAGGGUGGCAGUACUACACUCUUGUCUGGAAGUCUACUUGCAUCCAACGUAGGUAGCAGAAACGGCAACCAUGCAACUUAGAUUUAAAUUGUAUACUAUUAAUUGGGCUUGUUUUGCCUCUAUGAGGCGGCUGAAUGGCGUUACAGCCGCAAAUAAUUCCCAUGAAUGGCUCUGGCUGGGCUGUUCAUCUACGGCAUAGAAGACAAUCUUCUCGCCUCUAGUCGGCAAACACCUUGCCGCAGUUUUUUGUAAACAAAAAACUAAUUUUUCCGUACUUUUGAUUAACUUUGAAGACAAUUUUGCAAUUCCUUCCAAUUGGUCAGGCUUUAUGACUCAGGAGGAGAAGAAGUUGCUCCUGCAAAGUGGCGAUGACGGCAAAAAGGGCAUUUCUUUUCUGCCAGUGGUUUGGGCAACGGACCUGAUCACACAGAUGGGGGAGGAGGGAGCCAUCCCCAUGGCCCCUGGUGUAGACAUACUGUGCACAGCGCUUAGGACCUUCCGCGGGGGUUUUGGUGCGGUCUAUGCUUACAACUACAUCAAUGUUCCCCUUGCAUAUACUCAGGUAAACAGUUUGCCAUGAAGUCAACCUAAUUUGGUGCUGUUGUAAAGGGUUUUUCGAAUCUAUUAAGACACUAAUUCUACAAUUGUACUGGCUUAGCGUCCUAAGAAGGCAAAAUUUUCUUUGAUUUGAUGAACACCAAAUCAGAAAUCAGCAGAAAUAUUUUAGCCAUACUCCUGACAUAUACACUGACAGUAAAAAAACUCGAGCACACUCCAGAAUUCACAUGGAACACUCCAGGGAAAAUACAAAUUAUUUAUAACGUUCGUAAUUGCGCCAGACAGCACAGCUACCCAACUUUCACAUUAGUCUUCAACAGUGCAACGUAUUCUGGGCUUUUUAAGUAGUAUGCAGCAUUUUAAAAUUCAAAAAGUGAAUACAUGGCCAUUUCUGGAGAUCCGCGAGGUAUUGUUAUAAGAUGAUAGUUGGGCCGUCGAUUACGACAAUGUCUACUGUAUGCUCCACGACAGCGGGGGAAUGGGGUCCGUGACUUACUCAUCAUUGUACCUAUGGUGAUAGCCAUACGUGGCUCAAACAGUCGACUGACAAAAAGGGCUCAGUUACUGUUGCCACACCGAGUAGUCCGCCGCAACACUUUGGAUCCUCGAAGAUGCCCACGCGACCUGUCAAGAAAUAAGCUUGGCGAUGAGUCGUCAGCUCAACGAUGUUCGCUGCCACAGAUGCAACGGAGGCGCCAUAUGUGAAGUUUCAUUGACCUGCGCGCAAACAAGGCAUCGCAAAAAACAUCUGCUGACCUGAUAUUCAAACGACGGUCGUACGGCCAGUCAGAUUGACUACAUACUAGUCAGCUCAAGGUUCCGCAGCUGGGUUCACGAUAGCAGAUCGAUGCGUGGUGCCGAGACUGGUAACGCCCAUGGGUCGGACCAUGUCCUCGUCCGUACACGCCUGAAAGUUCAUCUCUCAUCCGCACCAAAAAUGCCACGUCCUAGACGCCUCAAUGUCGCAAAAAUCCGGCAAGCCAGCACUGCCGAGGCCCUAAGCAGAGAAAUCCGGACCUGUUUUACGGCCCGAGCUGACGGAGAAGUGAGUAACCAGUGGUCGUCACUGAAGACAUCAGUCUAUGGGGCAGCUGAGAAAAUCCUUGGAUACAACCAGCGACGCCGCAGUGACUGGAUCAGCGGAAAAACCCUGCAGUUGUCUGCUCAGACGGCUAGAGCCAGGUCCCGCAACGAUGACUACUUCCGCCAACUUCGGAAGUUGACAGCAAAAUCGGCCAGGGAUGACCGGAAGCAAUACUGGGCUGAAAUAGCGACCUCAAUGGAAUAGGCCUCGAACGUUGGUGACACUCGAAAGCUCUACCGUCUGAUCCGCCAAGUUAGCGGUAAGCCCUCUACACUGAGUGACUCUGUUCGCGAUGUGAACGGAGGCUUUAUUGCUGACAACUCGGCCAAAGUCGGGCGCUGGCGUGAGCACUUUGAGCACCAUCUCAACUUCGAUACCCAACCUACCUCGCCCUUGUUCUCCUCCUCAGCGGAGUUUCUUCCCUCUCCUACCUUUGCAGUGCCAUGCGAUCCCCCCUCCGAGGAAGAAGUCGCCGGUGCCAUACGAAAGUUGCGCAACAAUAAGGCACCCGGAGAGGACGGCAUACCUGCUGAAGUCUUCAAGUUUUGUGUCGAAACUCUGGCACCGUGGCUCCAUGAGGUGAUUGAAAGAGCGUGGAGAGACGAGGUUGUUCCUGAUGACUGGGGCUUAGGCAUCCUUGUACCUAUCCUCAAAAAGGGAGAUAAGACGAGAUGCGAGAACUACCGCGGCAUAAGUCUCAUCGACGUUGCUGCGAAGAUCUUCGCUAUUGUCCUACUCAGGCGAUUCCUGUCUGUGCGUGACUCAAGGACGAGGCCCAACCAAGCCGAAUUUCGUGCUGGACGUGGAUGCGCAGAUCAGAUACUCACACUGAGACGCAUUCUCGAAUUUCGCCAUAGCUACCAACAACCGACGGCCGUCUGCUUCGUUGACUUUGCUGCCGCGUUCGAUUCCGUUCACCGUGAGUCCCCGUGGCGGAUAAUGGCGCUAGAUGGUGUGCCGGCAAAAAUCAUCGCCAUGAUUAAGGCCUACUAUCGUUCCACUACUGCGAGAGUCCUGGUCCGUAACAAUCUUUCCUAACCGUUCGGUAUUCGGUCUGGCGUCCGACAGGGUUGUAUCCUGUCACCCAUACUGUUCAACUACGUUAUUGACUGGAUCUUCUGGAGGGCCCUACGCGACAGUGACGGCGUUGAAUUUGCACCCGGACAUCGACUGACUGAUCUCGACUAUGCCGAUGCUAUCGCCUUACUUGCUUCAAGUUUUGGUGAUCUGCAGUCUAUGGUGUCACGGGUGAACAAGGUAGCCAAAUCGGUCGGUUUACCCAUAAACCCUGGUAAGGCUAAUGUGUUUUCAAGCUGCGUCACUGACCAGGAGAGGGUGCCUCUCGUGAUUGACGGUUGUCAACUUAAAGAAGUAGAUAGUUUUAAAUACCUCGGGGUGCGGCUGUUGCCUAAUGGACAGAGUAAGGACGACAUUGUUUCCCGAAUCGAUGCUGCCCGCUGGGUUUUUUCAAGCCUUCGGAAAUGCCUGUGGAACCGACGUGACCUCUCCAUCGCCACUAAGAUUCGCGUGUACCGUGCAUCUGUCCGGUCUGUCCUUCUCUACGGUUUCGAAUGCUGGGCUUUGCGCGUGGCGGAUGAGCGAAACUGGAGGUAUUUGACCACUACUGCUUGAGGAUCAUCCUUCGAGUGAAGUUAACCGACUUCGUCUCAAAUGAGAUAGUCCGCGCUCGCUGUGACAACAUCGCAAGGAUAUCUCAGGCCAUCCAAGAAAGACGACUGAGGUGGUUCGGGCAUGUUCUUCGUUGUCCACCUCAGGAGCUCAGUGUUACUGCCCUCGAUCCGGCACCGUUGCCCCAUUGGAGGCGUCGAAGAGGGGGUCAGUUCAAAACCUGGCUCGACACUGUCCGUCAAGACAUGGAGGUGGUUCUUGGACCUUCGGUAUUCGGUCUCCGUCGUUGGCUAAGGGAAUGGGUUGAGCUGUGCAGAUCUGCUGCCGCGGAUCGUCACGCGUGAAGAGGUACAAUUCGGGACAUCAUUGAGGCCGGCUAGAUCAGGCAUGUUCGCAGCCGUAUCAAGUACAAGUAAGUACAAGUACAUAUGGGAUAUUGAUGCAGAUGCCUUGGCGUACUCCGGUGGUUAGACGGGGUUCAGACGACUAGAGAUUAGCUUUGGAGCAAUGUCCAGCCAGUCAUUCAACAACCCGAGUGAGGCUUUUACCGCACUGGUAAAGAGGACAUGACCCACGACCCCCUCAAACAGGGAGUUUAAGACGUAGGCCCACUGAGAAGUCUGAUGUUAUAGGGUUAAUCAAGUGGGGAUCCAGUUUCUUUCACGUUAGGGUUUGGAGAAUCUAAAAUCUGGCUGGACAAAAACAUUUUCAACUUUGCCCGAAAUUAACUCCCAGACCGUGAAAUAUCUCGUGAACGUGACAACACCUAGGACCACUACAACAUCAUUGUCAGAUAUUCUUCAGGACGCCUAUAUGCAUGGUACCGGCAGAACUAACCCAAAUAAUACCACUCAACUUUAACGCACACAUUUGUAAAAUGUCUGUUUUGAACUAAGCCCUGAAUCUUUUAAGCAUCCGGCCUUGCUCAAUAGACGUAAACUCUCAUUAUUUACCACACUGGCAGGACAGGUACUGGCUAAAGGCCGAGACACGCCUGUUUCGCUGAUCUUGUGACUCUGUCUGACUCAGCUGCGAGGGCUUUUAGCUAGUGUUGUGCUGCCAGUAUGGUAAAUAAUUACAUACUUGGCAUACUAAUGGCUGCAUUUUGACAGCUUGUGAAUAUUAUGUUGCGAUUCCGCAGCAACUGAUGGAUUCCAUCUCAGAUAUUCAUAUAAACUUUUGGAUCGACCUUAAAAAGACCUGUUCUUGAGGAUUUACUAUAAGUUUGCGCAUUAAUUGCCUCGGAAAUUUAAAAAGACAGUAAAUUUUCCAUUCAUUGCCGUAUAAAGCCACCAUGUUUUCUUUUUCUGCGUUUUCGGACGUACCAGGCAAAUUAAUAAGGUAGGCAUUUUUUCACGCGUCGUCUGAACCAUUGUGGUCGAAGUGAAUGAAAGUGGUAAACAUGCUGUCGGAAUUAUCAUCUACGAGGUUGACAUAAGCAAAUGAAGACGUUCACCUAAUGAAAGUAAUUAAUAUCUAUGUAAGCGUGGAUUCCAAGGGGGUAAUUAUAUUUCUGUCUUGCCGAAAGUAUUCAGUCAGCUUUUAGCAAGCCUAAGUUACAGCAGGUUACCUCGAGAUCUGAACCAACGAAUCUCUCGCAUGAACUCCUAUUGCAAGAAUGUAUUUUUAUCGAAUUUUAGAUAUCAACGAUCGCCAUAUACUCCUACUUUAUCCUUUCGAUUUUCGCCUGGCAACUGUUGGAUCCCGCACAAAACUACAGUGGGCACAACAUAGAUAUGUACAUACCACUUUUUGGACUGAUUCGGUUGGCGUUCUAUAUGGGAUGGCUAAAGGUGGGCUAUAAUGCAGUUGCCAGUGGCGAUGCGAAUGUUGGUUACUUUUGUUUCUGUCUAUAUUCCCUGAUAGAGAAGCAUCUUGAGUCUCCGAAUCUAAAUACCUGGUGACGUGUCAGUAUGCAAAUAGGGGGAUCACUUAAUUGAGCGUGUGAUAGCUGUUGUCGUGGCAUAUGGUCAUCCAGCUGCAGAAGUUGCACUUGGGAAAAAAUAGUGGUAUGUGAACGGUAACCGUCUAGAACACGGGUGGCUUUCAGCCAGCUUCCAGUGAAAUCGCUGUAACCAAAUUAGUUAGGUGAAUUAUCAAACGGCUGCGAUGGCUGUCUAUUGUCAGAUCAUGUGAUGCGUAGAAUCGGGGGUGAAAAUCAUGCAGGUGCAAUGUGCGACUAUCGAUUUUUCUGCUAACCCUGCCGUCGGUCGUGUUAACCGCCACCUCAUUGGUGCGAUAGCAGUGGUGGUUAAUUGUCCGCGUGGUAAAGGUUGGUUGAAACUGUGCAGUGGCUAAUCCGACGGAACAACGAUCCCGUAGCUCAGUGGUUAGAGCUUUGGACUUUUAAAUUAGCCGGUGGCGGGAUCGAGCCCCAGAGGUUUCAAAAUCCGAGGUUGGAUGAGGCUGGCUGAUGACAGCCAGUAAGCCGGAAAUGGCCAUUCCAGUCUACCUUGUGUUUGUCGGCCAUGCUAAUCUGGUUGACCCGCAUUGUGGACAGGGGGCACCUGCUCCCUGGUCCACCUUAGUUUCAGUCACUGAGACUUUUCCAUCCUCUGCGCGACGAUAGUCAUGUCAAGAUCAACAAGAUCAAGUAUCCUUCAAUCGGGCCAGUCACGUGAAAUUCAGUUCGAUUUUGUACAGCAACGCUCCAGUAGUAGGCAACGUUAGCCGACCACUUUUAGCUUUCAUAAUUAUUUUUAUCUUACUCAAACUCAUACGUGUACUAUUUCUAAAGACGUUUUUAAGCCAUUUUCUGUAUUUUAAGAACCACAUUUCUGAGUAGUAAUGCAAUAACUCUUUCCACCUCCUAUAGCGCAAGGAGGCGGGAUAAAGAUAAGUUGUGAUUUACUUUAGAGGAAACGAGUAGCAAGCAGGUACAAGAACACAGAAACGAGUGCACAGUCAGGUUGUUUAAACAGUGCACAACUGCUAAACGUUUUGCACUCAAAUACUCUUUCUCUUCAGUCAUAAGCAUUCAGAAGACGAAAAAUCGCUCAACACAAACAUAAUAAGUUUUUGUACAUCUAAUCUCGGAAGUAUGAUCAAAAUUACACAAACAUUUAAGAUCUGUAGAGCAUCCAUUAGUUACUUAACUACAUCGUCUUUUAGUUUAUUUUUACGGAUUGCUUGAAAAUCUCUUAACCAGACGUUGACAUGCCACCGCGCAGGUAUAUAUUUGAGAGGACGUUCUGGUCGAUCAGUAAUGCAGUCGUACUUAAAUAGUCAUUUUUUGUAAAGAUCUUAAAAUACUUCGGCCGCAGUUUUAUCCUUUUUUGUGAAUACUGUACCAAUAAAUACAUGUUUCUGUUGUUUAUUCUGAGUAUUUUCGGCUUUCGAAUGACAAUGUGAAAUUGUCAGAGGAAAGGGCUUUUUGCUUAGCUCCUCUUUAUAAAACCCAAUAAAGGGUCGUCUAAAAGACCAUACUGAGAAGGAGAAAUGUGAAGGGGAUCAAUUCAUCCAGAAGAUUUCUAAAGUAACCCUUGACAGUUACUUGAUAUAAUAGGAACGUUUAUUUCUAAUGACUCAAAAGGCCGAUAUAUUUUAAUUAUUUUUCUUCCAAAUAGUGUUGGAAGAAAAUAAUAACUAUGAGCGUCUUGUCCGCACCCAUUUCGACAUAUUAAAACAAUCGUUUACUAAGCCACCAGCAAAUUUAGUCUGAUCUGGUGUUUGAUAAAUAAUUAUAGGUGGCCGAAAUUUUGAUCAAUCCAUUUGGAACAGAUGAGGAUGACUUUGAGAUGGAUGAAAUGCUAGAAAGGAAUGUGCAAGUAAGUCAACAUCUUGAUCCGAUACUGGAUAUAAAUCAAAGGUGCUGUAAUGUCACUUUGUACAUUAAAAUUUUCUUUUCAAAGGUACGCAUUGACCAGGCCACUGGUUACUUAUCACUAUGCAUGCUUUCUUAACAGUUUUCGCUGUUUUGGUUGGAUUCCUACGAAGGGGAAAUUCCCGAUUUGUCAGAACCCCCUAUUUCGCCGGGGAAAACGAAAAAAUCGAAAUCACUGGCCUCCCUCUUAGGCGACACUCAUUCCUACAAACGACAACGCUCAUCGAAAUCCGAGGAACCCUUCUGGGGCUCACUAGCUAAUGUUGACUACACGAUACGGGAACGUCCUAGUCCUGGUUAA